AUGUUAGAUUUUUUCCAUUUAAAAGACGUAGAUGAAUUUUUUAGACUUUUGGAAAAGAAGAAUUUACAAAACCUAGAUAACCAGAUUGAUGGACCAGGAAACCUCAAUUGGAGAACCACUUAUACAGAAAAAGAUUUUUCCAAAGUUCCUAAAUUCAGGGGUAUCAUUCAUAUCGUGCAAAUUAGAGAUUUAGGAACAAAGAUUCAUAGAGAUCUAUUGUAUGAAAUAAUGUUUGAAAAACUAUUAGAUAUUGCUAGAUUAAAUAAUGAAUCAAAACUUUUAAAAAAUGAAAUUCAAGAUUUGAAAACAAAACUCGACGAAUAUCACAACAAUAAUAGCACCACCAAUACAGACUUAAUAAUCAAUAGUUUUAUCAAUGUCAUAGACACCACUACUACUACUACUACCACUAAGACAACAAUGGGAGCUACUAGUAUUGAUAAAAAACAAAGUGAAGGUGAUUCCAUUGAUAAAUCUAUUGAACUCGAUUUUUUUAAAAUAAAAAGUGACCAAUCCCAACAAUCAUCACCAUCACACAAACUAGAAGAAAAACAAAAUCAAGUGAAUAAUAUUACCAAUGAGAUUCCACAAGAAUCAAUAAAAACUGUAAAACAGCAAACUCAAACAGAGACUAAUCAACAAACAUUUUCAUCAACUUCACCUUCACAUCAAAAUGAAGAGAAACAAGAUAAACAAGAAGAGGUUAAACAAGAAGAGGUUAAACAAAAAGAAGGUAUACAAAAAGAAGAUAAAAAAGAAGAAGAUAAAAAAGAAGAAGGUAAACAAAAAUAUGGUGAAAUUUUUAUUAUUGAAAUUCCACAAGAAGAAGAAAAACAAAAAGAAGAAGGUAAACAACAAGAUGGUGAAAAUUUUAUUAUUGAAAUUCCACAAGAAGAAGAUAAACAAAAAGAAGAUAAAAAAGAAGAAGAUAAGAAAGAAGAUAAACAAGAAGAAGAUAAACAAAAAGAAGAAAAACUAGAAGAUAAACAAAAAAAUGGUGAAGAAUUUAUUAUUGAAAUUCCACAAAAUGAAACUUUAGAAAUUAAAGUUGAUACACACCCAAGGUCUUCCAAUGAUGAUGUAUCUACUGCAGAGAUGGAAGUUGAAGCAUUGAAAACACCAUUGUUUGCUGAAACUACAUUUGUAACAAAACAACAAGUAAUCACAAAUAAAAAGCUAUUGGUGUACAAACAAAGUGAUUUCUUUCCAAAUAUGACAACAUUAUUACAAAGUAGAUUGAAAGAUGUAACAGUCCAAGAAGUAAAAGACCUUACUAAAAUUGGGUUAAAUGAUAAUAGCUAUAGUGUAGGUGAUUUUGAAAAUGUUUUUGUAUUAUAUGCUGUCUCUUGUAUGGGUGCUAGAACUGAUUCCGAAAGAGAUGCUUUCAAAAUUAAAUCAAUUCGUUCAAUAAUUGGUGACAAAGUUCCAAUCAUCUAUGGUGUAUUUAUGAUUGGAAAGAAUGGACCAACUAGAAUUAAAGUUGAACAUACUCAAACCUCUAUCUCAAUCACUCAUUCAAUGAGUGAUAUCGGUCGUAAUUUACAAAAUAAUGAAAAUUUAAAACAACUACAAUCAUUUUUACAACAAUAA